CAAUUCAACUGACAUUCGUGUUUGCAAUGCAAGCGUUCUUUCGUCGAGUGUGAUUGCGAUUUUAGGUUGCACUUUAAUUGUUAAUUACAGUAUACAUAGAAACUUUAGUGUAAUACAAGAUGCCAAAGUAUUACUGCGAUUAUUGUGACACAUAUUUAACUCACGAUUCACCUAGUGUGAGGAAAACACAUUGUACCGGCCGAAAGCAUAAGGAUAACGUGAAAUUUUACUACCAAAAAUGGAUGGAGGAGCAAGCUCAACAUCUCAUAGACGCUACAACCGCUGCAUUUAAAGCUGGAAAGAUUGCACAGAAUCCGUUUGGCGGUAAAGGUGCUGCUAUUCCCCCGCCAUGGGAUCCCUCAGUAAUGGGCCCGGGAGGACCGCGACCGCCCGUGCCUACACCCGGAGGCCCGCCUGGCAUGUUGCCCCCGCCCGCUAUGGGUCCCGGAGGACCGAUGGCGCCACACAUGAUGAUGGGACCGCACGGCCCAAUGCCGCCUAUGAUGGGAAUGCGACCGCCAAUGAUGAUGGGUAUGGGCCCUAUGGGCCCCAUGGGUCCCAUGGGUCAGAUGCGACCACCGUUAAUGAACGGCCCGCCUAUGAACAAAUAGCAGAAGUUUAAAGUGAGUGAAAGACGAUAAUUUAAUACAUACAACCAUAACUCAUUAGAAACAUUUACCUGGAUUUACUGAUACAUAGUUUCAUUUUAACAAAGUUGACUAAGAAUAACAUUCAAAGUUUCAAUGUGUUAACCUUUUUUAUGUUUUACCUAUUUCUGAGCACCUUGCUUUCUUCAAUGUACAUACCAAACCUGGGAUAAUUUGGGGCACUUAUACUAAAGUGACAUAGCAAAAUACUUUAUCAACAAUUAAAUAUAUCGAUGUUGCUGUCAACAUCUAGAUGUUAUUCAAGAUAAAUGAUUAUUAUUGUUUUAUCUGGAUUUUAAAAUAAAUACACUUUUAAUUUUAAAAUUGAUUUCAUAGUGUGAUUUUGAUCGAAAUUACAUUGGUAUACUUUUAUUAUCUUGAGAGGCUCUAUAUCGGACAUGAUAUCGAACCUCGUUUUAGUAGUCGUGGAUUUUUCAGUGAACACAUAUGCAGGGGGGUGUCACUACGCAGUUUAGGUAUAUUUGGCCGGCGCACAGCCCGGGCAGGUGUAUGGCAGUGGGCUGCCGCUCGGCUCGCACGAUAGUGGUGUCACGUGGCGCUCGCGCAAAAUUGAAAAUCUUUAGUUCCCUAAGUCUUUACUUGUAAUAGUUAGUUAAAAUAAACAUCCUUAAUUUAUUGAAUAUUGGUCGCCCAGAAACAAUAUUUGGAACUAACUGACAUAUUUUCAAAGGAAUACGGCUGUGGCAUACCUACUUUCGUGAGGAUCAGACAUACUAUCUCCGGCUAAAAAUGUUUACAGAAUCAACGAUUGUAAUUCCUACAUAUUUAUCUUAAAAAUAAUAAAUCAAUAGGUAUAGGUACAAAAACUUGUCAAGUGACAACCCCGUGCCGACACUCACAGCUCGGUCAUAAAACUGCGGCGCGCAAAGAAGAUUCACGGUUCGUGCGCGGUUAUAAGUUUCAAUUUUGCUUGCAGGCGGCGAGUGUAGGUAUAAUUUUAUACCUAAACCUGGCUUUUGUGAAGGAGUGAAUUUUCUGUACAGUAGUACUAUUAGUUAUUCUGUGACAUAUGUAUAAAUAUAUAUCGACAAUUAGACAUCUUACUUAUCGACAUCAAACCCCUAGAACGUGCCCCGAGUUAGCA